GUCACGUCGUUCCUCAUACACACACUCUCUCUCUCUCUCUAAAAUGCCUCCAUCUCUCUCUCUCUAGAUUAAUCAACAAAUUAUCAUCUCUUUCGAUUCAAGAAUCAAGAAUCAUGCAAUUAAAUAACUAAACACUGAAAUUCAACCUUCAAUUUACGUUUUUCCAUUACAAAAUCAUUGAAAAAAUGCAGAAUUACACCGAUUUUUCAUACGGUAAUGAUGACGACAGCAAGCUCUGGUCAUCGUUCAUCCACCGAUCAAGCGGUGGUGUGUGUAAUGAGUUUAACACACCGCUGUACUCACCGAUCUUCUCCAUGACUCCACCGGUGGCGCGUAUGAGAAACUCGCCGGAAUUCGCACCGUUUCAAGACCUAAUUGACCGGCGAAACUGGUGCCUGAAUAAUCUCCGGCUAAGUUCCAAAGAAGCAGAAGCGCUCCGGCAAGAGAAUGUUAAUCUUCAGAUGAUGAAUUCGGAGCUAAACAAGCAGUUAUCUCAGUUGCAACAGGUUUCGGUUUCGGUUUCGGAUUCGGUUCCGGUUUCUUCCGUUGCGAAUUGUUUUGGACGGAUGAGGAUUGGGGAGAAAGGAACGGCGGCGAGUGAGAAACGAGUGGCGCGUGGAGUGGAGAAUGUGGAUCCGGUUAAGAAAACGGAUGUGGAGCGGGUUAAGUUGCCGAAGAGUAUUUCUGUUAGGUCUAAUGGAUACUUGAAGACGGUUGGAGCGAGUGAUGGUGGUUCGGGUCGGGUACGGGCUGCACGGGCUGUGGAUCGGGUUAAACUUGGUUCUGAUAUGCAAAAGGUGUAUGUACGUGGGAAGAAAGAGGAGGAACCAUUGGAGCUGAAGGUAUACAAUCAAGGUAUGACAAAGACCGAAUUAUGCAACAAAUGGCAACAAACCGGUGCAUGCCCAUACGGAGAUCAUUGUCAAUUUGCUCAUGGCAUUGAGGAACUCAGGCCAGUCAUACGCCACCCACGCUACAAAACCGAAGUCUGUCGAAUGGUCCUUGCGGGUGACCCAUGCCCGUAUGGUCACCGUUGCCAUUUCCGCCAUGCUCUCACCGAGGAGGAGAAGCUCAUGAGAUGAACCACCACAGAAGCAGUUAUCCACUGGUAUAUGAUCUCUAAGGCAAAUACUAUAAUUUUUUUUUAAGUUUCUUUAAUAAAUUCCUUUUUCUAGCAACAGAAAUGAAAAAGGAAAAGAUAAAGUGACAUGACACACUGCUUGCUAUAAGAAAGUAAAUAGAUAUAGUCUUGUAAUCACUGCAUUAAUCCUUGAUUUGAGUUGAAAGUGAAGUGAUUAUUAGAUAUUGAAAGCAAGUGUUGUAAUGCUGAAAGGGGGUGCAUGAUGGAUUGAUUAGUGGGUGAAUUAGUUUGGUGGUUUCACUCAUCAUCUCUGUCCCCAAGCACUCCAUUUAUAUCAUAGAUACAUUUUAUAUGUU